AUGCUGCCCAUGGCGAAACCGGCCAUCUCGGGCGCCUUGUGCGCGGCUCGACCACGCCUGGCCCUGGCCCUGGCCCUCCCCCGAGCCCAGCCCAUUGCCGCCCUCUCAACUUCGUCAAUCAAAUCUGCCACAGCACUUGAACGCCAGUCACAGUCUGGCUCGCAGCUUACAGCUUCUGGCAAGGCUCGCAAGGAAGUUCCAUUGCCCAGCCAGGAGAAAAAGGAGGGUGCCAUGCAAUAUGUCCUAACCACUCUGGAUCAAGUUGCCAACUGGGCCCGCCAAAGUUCUCUGUGGCCCAUGACCUUCGGUUUGGCAUGCUGUGCCGUGGAGAUGAUGCACCUGUCCACGCCCCGAUACGACCAGGACCGCCUGGGAAUUAUCUUCCGUGCUUCCCCCCGACAAUCCGAUGUGAUGAUUGUGGCCGGUACCUUGACCAACAAGAUGGCUCCCGCCCUUCGCCAGGUCUACGACCAAAUGCCUGAGCCGCGCUGGGUGAUCAGCAUGGGUAGCUGUGCAAAUGGCGGCGGCUACUACCACUACAGCUACUCGGUGGUUCGAGGCUGUGACCGGAUUGUGCCGGUUGAUGUUUAUGUCCCUGGAUGCCCACCCACCUCGGAGGCCCUGAUGUAUGGCAUCUUCCAGCUACAGAAGAAGAUGAGACACACCAGAAUCACACGAAUGUGGUACCGACGCUAG